CGGCGCAUCUCCACGCGCUGUUUGCGCUUCUCACGUGCGCCCGGAUUUCCUUAUCUGUUUAUUUACAACACCGCGGCUUGUUCGACAACAUCUCUUCGCUACUUUAAGGAGAAUAAAGUUCGUAAUAAAUAAUGCAUACAAAGUUAAGCGAGCACUUCGCUAUGGGACCCAGCCCUAUCAAGGCUGAUGGGAAAUGCAGUCUCUCACAGCUCAUUUGAAGGCGCUCUGGCGAAGGUGGUGAUCAUUAGCUGAUGGGGUGGUGGCUAAAGAAGAAAACAUUUGAAUCAUCUGAAUAGAGCAGUGGUGCCAAAGUGAACGGAGACUUCUGACUGCCUUCACUCUAAAAGCAAAGCCUGUCGGGAAGCCUACAGCCAGUGAAAAAGAAGCAGCAACAUACAAAGAUCUAAAUGUGAAGCACUCCCAUGAUGCAACAUGUGUCCCCAGCCCCAGCACUGACAAUGAUGGCUGCACAGAGUGUUCCGCCCCCUUCGUACCAAGAGAGCCAACAGAUGACGGGUACAACUCAGCAGACACCCAAGGCACAGCCAGUCCACAUCCCAGCAUCUUCAACAUCAGGGGCUACACCGGUAAGUGUGGCCCUUGACCCACAGGCUCAGCUGGAAUCCGACAAGCGAGCAGUUUAUAGGCACCCACUCUUCCCACUACUGGCUCUGCUCUUUGAGAAGUGUGAACAGGCUACACAAGGUUCGGAGUGCAUCACCUCAGCAAGCUUUGAUGUAGACAUUGAAAACUUUGUCCACCAACAAGAGCAGGACCACAAGCCCUUUUUCAGUGAGGACCCUGAACUUGACAACCUGAUGGUGAAGGCAAUCCAGGUGUUGCGGAUCCACCUGCUGGAACUGGAGAAAGUCAAUGAGCUCUGCAAGGACUUCUGCAACCGCUACAUCACUUGCCUUAAGACCAAGAUGCAUAGUGACAACCUUCUUCGUAAUGACUUGGGUGGGCCAUACUCCCCCACACAUAAUUCCCUCAGCGCUCAGCAGGACCUCCUACAGAGCUCAGCCCCCUCCAUGACAACAGUCUCCAGCUCUGUCAACCCCUCCGGGAUCGUUGUCCCUGCAAGUGCUCUGCAGCAGGGCAACGUCGCCAUGACGACCAUCAACUCGCAAGUUGUUUCAGGUGGGACCUUGUACCAGCCGGUUACCAUGGUUACCUCACAGGGUCAGGUGCUGACCCAAGCCAUCCCCCAGGGAACUAUCCAGAUCCAGAAUACACAGGUCAAUCUGGAUAUCGCCUCUCUUCUGGACAGUGAUGACAAGAAAUCAAAAAACAAGCGUGGUGUCCUGCCCAAACAUGCCACCAACAUCAUGAGAUCCUGGCUCUUCCAACACCUCAUGCAUCCCUAUCCUACGGAGGAUGAAAAGCGUCAAAUUGCUGCACAGACCAACCUCACUUUACUGCAAGUCAACAACUGGUUCAUCAAUGCACGGAGACGAAUCCUCCAGCCCAUGCUGGAUGCCAGUAACCCUGAUCCAGCACCAAAAGCCAAGAAGAUGAAAUCUCAGCACAGACCCACCCAACGCUUCUGGCCAGACUCUAUUGUCGCUGGAGUCCUUCAGCCUCAUGGAAUCCGUGCUGGCAGCAAUGCUGAUGGUACUUUGACGAUGGACAACUUGCAGCCUCUCUCAUCUGACUCUGCAACGCUAGCAAUGCAGCAAGCCAUGUUGGGUGGUGGUGGGGAAGAUUCACUCGAUGGCACAGAGGAAGAGGAUGAGGAUGAAGAGGAAGAGGAGAUGGAGGAAGAGGAUGAGGAGGAGGAAGAAGAGCAUCGGCAGCAGUUGCAUGCUAGCGCAGUGGGUGACCUGAGCUUGGAGCACAAUGAGUCUUUGGAGUAAAGCAGGACUUGGGUUCCAGUGGGGGAGAGGAAUGAGGUGUGGUGUCCCAAGCAUGGGUUUAGUCUGAACCACAAGGACAUGAGGGACAUGAAGACUCUCCUCGUCAUUCUUUACAAAAUCACCAUGAUCAGAAAAGAUUUUGCAUAUUAAAAAAAAUACCUUGACUUUGAGGACGAUUCAAUUAUUGUAAUGCAAAAUGGCAGUGACAGAAGCCGUGUUUUAUUUAGUAUAAAAAUUAAAAGACUGGACUAUUGACUUGCUCUGUCUAUCAACAAACAAAUCCAGAAAAUUGGCCUACUGCCCUUGUCUUGAAUUUAAUCAAAAAUAAAAAAAACACCCUGUCUCACAGAUUUGAACUAUACUGAGAGUAUAGGGUCAAAAUGAAAGUGCUUUUUUGUCUUGAAUGAAACUCAGUUCUGAUAAAAAAGAGCAAAAAAUCACAACAAAGUUGUAAGGGCACAUGAAAGAUGACUGGAACAGUCAGUAAGAGCAACAAGUAACCCAAAACAUGCAAAACAAGGUUUCUGCCCUUCAUCUCAAUCAGACUGGCAAUGUAAGUGAAAACAAAGGUUGCAAACUGGAUGGAUGCAGGGCUUGGGGACUUUAAAAGACACUGAAGAUACAGAUUCAUUUGGAGGCUCCAUAGACUGUGAAAGACAUUUUUCUGUUUUAUUUUAUAUGUUUCAACUGUAGGAACAAACAAACAAAAAUGCAAAU